CUACUAGCGACAUCAUGAAAUUAAGACUAUCAUCUGUGGUAUGGAAUGUUUUAUCUUCUGUAGAAGUUAAGCUUCUUUGAUUGUUAGCUACCCGUUGAUGGUAGAGGUGCUAUUUAUAGAGCUCUCUAUACAGAUUUUUUUGCAUUCGGUAGAUACUCUUAUAUCACAAGUUAAUGAGAUAGAUUUAGUGGUAUACCGACUAAUGUACGUAACAAGUUGAAAUAUUCGGCUUCUGAUAUAAAAUAUAGUACAAAUAUGGGCUCAAUUUUAAGUAGUUGUAUAAUGUUGUAUCGCAGAACGUACCUGUGUGCAAUGUUUUAAAAUAAUUUUAUUAAGACUUUGUAGUGUGUGUCAACAUAAAGCCAUAUAUAUACAUUAUACAUACACACACAUAGAUAAAAUACAAACACAUACAUACAUAUAUAUAUAUAUAUACUUAAUACUGUGAUAGUCAUAACUGUAUGACUAAAAAAUAAAUAAUCGUUUAAUCUUAUAAAUUUACAAGAAGAGAGAGAAAUCAAUUAUUAUUAAUAAUGUUUGAGUGGGCUUAUGAUGGUGUUAACAGUUCAAUACCAAGAAAUGCUGGUCCAGAAUGUGCAUAUUACUUAAGUACAAACAGAAAAUUAAUUGAAACAGCUUUUGUAUCUAUAUUCAUUCUAUCAUUUUGGGUAUGGGGUUUUAAGAAAAUAACAUUACCAAAAAAAUUACCAUAUGUUAAUCAAGAAAGACUUGGUAAAAGAGUUUUAUUAAUUAUCAUGUCUAUGGUUCUGGGUGUAGAAAUUGGUUUCAAAUUUACAAGUCGUACCAUCAUUUAUUUGUUAAAUCCUUGUCACAUUACCUCUGCUAUACAGUUGUAUUUAUUAGCAGCCGAACCAAGUCCUAUGGUAACUAGUGUUUUUCGAAUACAUCUUAAUCUUAUGAAUGGUCCCAUACUGGCAUUUUUAUUCCCGGAAACAGAAUCUCGAAGAAUAUUUCCAGAUAAAGCAUUAUAUUAUAUUCAACAUGGUUUAAUGUUAGUAAUACCAUAUUACUUAUUAAGAAUUGGAGGAGUAUACAACAUUGAACCUUUGUCGGAUUUGAACUGGUCAAUUUUAAGUUAUGGUUUUAAUUUGGCGUACCACUUUUGGUUGUUGCAACUUUUUGCUUUGCCCACACAAGUGAAUCUCAGUCAUAUGUUAUGUUCAGCAGUCUUAGAUCCAUUUGAAGGACAAAAUUAUAGAAUGGCUGCAUUUGUGCAUCAAGGAUUAUUGUGCCCUCUUUCAUCUAAAUUAUUAUGCUAUUUGUACAAUUACCUGUUGACUAAAUUUCCCUUAACUAAAGUUAAAUCAUCUCUUGAAGUUGCAUUGCCAAGGAGAAAAUAUGAAGAUAAUAAGAAAAAAGUGUCAAAUAAAUUAGAAAAUGGUCAUACUCAUUUAGAGUAAUUGGAUAUAUGAAAUUUAAGGAAGUUCAUUUAAACGACUCUUUUGUUAUAACAAUCAUGGUGUGACUUCAGCGACAAGUAUGGACAAAAUCUGAAUUAAAAGUACAACAGAAGAACAGAUUCCUGCUAUGCAACCACGGAGGAUAAAUACCAGGAGUCCGAACGAUAUAGGAUUUUUCACAUUUUUUGUGGUAGUCAUUUCUUGACCCAGAUCAUAGUUCUCUUUUUUGCCACUGGCUGCAAUUAUUUUUAUUAAAAAAUGGGAAAGUGUUGUGCCUUAGUGGCCGAAAGGCAAGUGAGAAUUUAGGAAAAAUGGCUUUAUUCAAAGUAUCAAAAGUGAGUAAACUCAAAAUAAUAUUAAAAAUUGUAUGUUAACAAAUAAUUGAUUAUUACAUUUGUGUAGUUUUUAAAUAAUAUUAAUUCCAUGUUUCUUAAAAUAUUUUUUUUCAGAGCUGUCAAUAGCAACAAUACUUCCCGCGUAAGUAUUUAAACGAGUACUCUGUGAAAAGCAGUGCGCUCUACCGGCAAAAUAUCUUGUCCUCUAAACUGAUACCAUUCUUUCAACAUUACGUUCAGACUCCUAGUAUCUAUCCUCCGUGUAUGCAACAGUGAAGCCAGAUCGCGGAACAUUUCUACCCCUUCUCUCGAGCCCAGCACGUCUCACACACAACAAAAUUUACGUGCGGUGUGUCGAAAACCGAAAAAAGCCGAAGUAGUUGCGCGACAAAGGAGAAAUAAUACCCCCACCACGCGCCGCGGAGAAAUACAUGACACAAAAACAUUUGAACAUGUUAAAACAAUGUGUAUUAUGUCCAUGUAUUUCUCCGCGGCUCGUGGUGGGGGUACUAUUUCUCCUCUGUCGCGCAGCUAACCUCGGCUUCCCUCGACUUCUUUCGGUUUCCCGACACACCGACAUGUAACAUUUCGUUGUGUGCGAGGCAUGCUGGACUCGAGAGAAGGGGUAAAAAUGUUCCGCGAUCUGGCUUCACUGCUAUGCAAUUUUACUAUUUAAU